CAAAACUUUUGGAGAGAUCAAAAAUUAUAAAAUUUUUGGAAAAUCAAAACAAACGAAAAAUCUUUAAUUGUAUAAUAUCCUGAGCUAAAAAAACGAUUAGAAAUGUCUGAUGAUUAUGCACAGUUUACAAAGGGAAAGUUGAAGUUAAAGACAGACAGUGAAAUAUCCAAAAAGAAGAAAAAGAAGAAGAGUUCAAAGAAGAAUGAGGAACAAAAAAUAGCAGAAACUGACAGAGAUACAGUCCAGAUCAAGAAUGGUCCAGAACGUUUUACAAAGGCUGAAAUGGCAUUUAAAAAGAUGCAAGAAAAAAUGCAAAACAAAAGGAUCAAGGAAAAGGCACAAACUACACAUAAACAACAGGUUGAAAAGUUUAAUGAGAAAUUAGAUCAGCUAACGGAGCACUUUGACAUCCCUAAAGUUAGUUGGACAAAAUAAAUUAUGCUGUCUACUUCCUGCAUUCUUCAUGAGUCGGAUCUAAUGAACGAACAUCUCGAUGGGUUGGCGGAAGUGCAUUUAACAGAUGUUUUCCACACAUUUUACACGGUUCACUGAAUAAAGUACUAUAACUUCCAAACCAUGUUAUGAAACUUCUUAUUGCUAAUUCUGCGAAUGUUGGUGAAUAGAAGUGAAGCAUUGCAGAAUGUGCAGCCUUUUGUACUCGUCGAAAGACCUCAUAUCUCGAUUCACUCCAAUGAUCAUCUACAUUAUCCAAAGAUUCGUUAAAGCCUUUCACAGUGACCCAUUCGAUCAUUAAACCGCGCAAUAUUAUUGCUGCUUUCAAAACACGGCUCAAGUUUAUCUUCAAAUUAAUCAAUCAUAAAUUGUAC